UACCAUCAAGAUCAAGAUCAAGAUUACGAAGACGAGGAAAAAAAAGGCCUGUUGUCUUAAAAAUUGUUAAGGAAGAGGAUAAACGACGAUGGCAGAGUUUGGAGCUCACAUAACCAUUACAGCGAGAGAUCGUCCAUCAAUUUUUGAUGUAGUAGCACAAGACAGCUUGAUGUCAACACUAAACCCAGCCGUCAAACACGUCCUGAAGGUUGUUGCUGAGAGUAAUCCAGAAAGAUUUGGUUGGUGUCUUCAGUACAGCAGUGAAGUGUUUAUGAUAUUCAACCUUUUUAUACAACACCACUAUCUCUCAAAUUAUGGUUCAUCCUUUGCAGAAAACUUUUAUGAUCUAAAAAGAGUAGAGCUGUCUUCAAAAAAGGAGAAAAAGCCACUUACUUUAUCACAAGAAGCAUACAUGAAAUCACAGUUUGCUCUUGUGGCCUUCCCUUACAUCCAGACACAACUAGAUCAAAUUUAUCAAGAGCUUCAAGAAAAUCAAGUUGAUGGAAUGCAAUCAAACCAGGGAUGGAAAUCAAAGCUUAGAUAUAUUUUUUUGAAGUCUUGGCCCAUAGUGCAUCUUGCAUGGGAGCUCCUCACAUUAAUUUUCUAUGUCAGAUAUGUAAUUGGGAAGAGUAAGUUCCACAGUCCUCUCUUAUUGAUGUGUGGAAUUCGAUUAGCCACUCUCAGCAAAGAAGACUAUGAAAUUAUUGAUGCAAGACAAGAAAAUCUUGUGUCAUUCAAGAGAGUGAGAGGUUUACAAGAGUUCGGCCAGUGGACAGUGGAACGCAUUGGAUCAUCCUUAAUGAAUUCCCUGGAAGUAGGGGCCUUUUUUCUCCAGUUUCUAGAAUGGUUCUAUACAAGUAAUACUACUCCAAGAUCAAUCAUUGCACAGCCCAUCCCACCAGCACCACAGAUGAUGGGCAUACAGACCAGUGGCUUAUCUUCAACUGAUUGUCCAUUGUGCUUUAAGAAACGGAAACAAGACACAGCAUUAUCAGUUUCUGGAUAUGUGUUUUGUUAUGGCUGUAUCCUGCAGUACGUUAGGCAAGAACAAAAGUGUCCAGUGACAGGUUAUCCAGCAUCACCAGCUCAACUCAUCAGAAUAUAUCAAGCAAUAUGAGUUAAAUUUAUUGCAAACACCACCAAAAUGCACAAAUGAAGGAAACAUUAUAGAUAGGAACAGAUGAAAGAUAUAUUAUUUGAUGUAAUGUGAAUGACUUUAGGAGUUUAAUGGUAGAGCACCUCUACUAUAGUUACUCGUUAUGGGCAACUUACAGUGGUGGAAUUAAACAUAAAAAUAAUGAUAA